UUGGGUGGUUACCAGGAACAUCCGGCCGAGGGACGGAUUACCUAAGACAGGAAGGAACAGAGCAACGGUUGCCGUCUUCCUCUUCGUACGCAGCUUCCGUUACCAGAUUCAGAGGAUUACAAUUUCGAGACACGCAAGAUGAAGACGAUUCUGUUAUUCCUGUCGAUCUCGUGUCUGGCCAUGUGCCUGGCGACCCCGUUAGAAAAGCUCGACAAGAUAAGCGUCAUCGAGCAGCAGUCCGUGACGCUAACGGAUCGGGCCAAGUACGAGGAAGAGUUGCUGCGCAAAUUGAACACCAAGUGCUCGCAGAACGACGUCAGUAGCUGCGUGAUGCUGAAGCUGGUCACGUACAUGAACAAGCUGCUGAAGAAGGCGUCGAUCGAGCUGACCGACGACAUCGAGAUCAGAAAAACAAGCCAAGCGUCCGAGGAGGUGUUCACGUUCGAAGCUGGCAGGAGCAAAAACGACGAGUCCGAAGUGCUCGACCUCGUCGCGAGCAAGGUAUACGCAUUCGUCAAGUCGAGGAGCAUCAAAUGGAGGAUUCUCCCCGAAGACGACGUCGUCGUGUCGGCUUCCGAGGACGAGAACGGUUCGCUGAAUCUCGGCUUGUCUAUCGAGAGGGCGGACAAUGUUCCUGUACAGGAAGGCCGCGGGAAGAAAAAUAACAACAUGGGCCCGUUGAUCGCUGCCGCGGUGUUGAAACUGGGCUUGAUCGGCGGUCUGGCUUUCAAAGCCCUCGCAUUGCUGGUCGGCAAAGCUUUGCUGCUUUCAAAGAUCGCUCUACUCCUGGCCGGUAUAAUCGGCCUGAAGAAACUGUUCUCGCAUCAGAAGCACGUGACCUACGAGGUGGUCGCUCACCCUCAUCACAGCUCCAGUCACGUGGAGCACGGCCACGGCGACAGCUACUCCAGCGGCUGGGCAAGGAGUUUCCACGGUCAAGGUCCCAGCGCCGGCCAGACCGAUGCCCACGAUUUGGCUUAUUCGGCGCACGCAAAGUGAUUCCGACGUGCAACAGCCUGUGAAUUCAAGUUAAUAGUACUUGACACCGGACACCGGAUUCAACCGAGUCUUGCCAGCACGUUCAUGGCAUUAGGUUUACUGUCUUCCAGCCUUUUGUAUCGUUAACCUUCCCUUUCCCACCUUCGUUUCUCGACUGCGGACUUGACCACUGACAGAGACUCGUGACGGAAUAUUAUUUGUUAGUGACAGAUUAUAUCCGAAUGGCUACUGACGAAGAAAUCCGCGAAAUCGUAUUCACGUUACGAAAUCGAAUCACGAUCAUAAUCGACGUACGCACACGACGCUCCCAGCGACACAGAAAACAGCCAACGACGAACUAGAACAGACUGUUGCAUCUCUCUCCCUCCCUGUCUCUCUCCGUUCUUCUAUUUCUCUCUAUUACCUAUUUCUCGGUUAAUUUAUGAUUAAUUUAUUGUCUGGCGACUGUCGCCACGCGAAUUGUACAAUAAUGUUAUG